GUAAUUGUGACUGACUGACUCCAUUCAACCAGCAACUGUUCUGGUGGGACAUGGACGCAGUCACCUCUCCCAGAUGUGCCUGUCCAGGUCCUGAUCUACUCUGGAGGUACCUUACAGAGCAUGAUCCGAAAUAUGAAGGGAAGAAGAAACUCAAGAUCUCUGGCAGAGAGCUGCUGUCAGUUCCCGUACAGGUCUUUGGUUUGGACCAGCUGCAGGUGCUGGAGAUGAGCCCAGAACGAGAGAGCUGCCUGAGGUACAGGAUGGAGCUGCUUCCCCAGGAGAUUGGCCAUCUGAGGAACCUCACCUGCCUCUAUGUGGACUCCAACAACUUGAAGACAAUCCCUGCUGAAAUUGGCACUUUGAGCCACUUGGAGAGGCUCACUCUGAGCAACAACAGCCUGAGCUCACUGCCCGCAGAGAUGGGGGCACUCCAAAGGCUGCACAGCCUCCACCUUGCCAACAACAACUUCACUGAGUUGCCUGCACCCCUCUGCCAGCUGAAGAGCCUCACCUUUCUGGAUGUGAGCGACAACAAAAUAGAUACCAUCACCUCCAGCAUUCGGCAUCUGGAGAAACUGGAAACGUUGCUGUUGCUCUUUAACUCACUGGAGAGCCUUCCUGAGGAUAUCUGCCUUCUAAGGAAUCUGCACACACUUUGGUUGGGAAACAACCAUCUACGGUGCCUUCCAGCAGCCUUUGGGGAGCUGGUGAACCUGGACUGGGGAUACAACUACUGCUCAUGCAAUUUUGAGGGGAAUCCACUGGAGAGUCCUCCCCCUGAAGUCUGCAGCAGAGGCCCUGAAGGGAUCAGAGACUAUUUCUCAUCACUUUGUAGGAUUUGGAGAGACUAAACCACUGUUGUCAGCCCUCUUGAAGUGACUGUGAUGGAUUUAUCCUGUGCAAAUCAUCUGCACAAGCAAAAUGUGUUUCAGAAAGGUCUUUUGAAAUCACUCUGUGGAGCUCAAAAAGCUUCCUCUCUGCUGUAAGGUGAUUUCUCUGGCAGUCUUCUUCUUCUUUUUGUUAUUUUUUAAUUUUUUUUUUUAACUAGUAUUGAACAGUGGUGCACACCUUUUAAAAACUCAUCCAGAGACAACUGUAAUCUUUUUUUCAUGUUUAUAGUUGCAUGAGCUUUUCUCAGGAAAUGUUGCAGACAAACAUCCAGUCUGAGAAAACAAGCAAGUCUGAAAUUAUAGAGUCAGGUAAACAACUGGUAUGUAAAUAGCAAUAAUCUGUGCUCUUUGUUUGCACACUGGGUUGGGGCUUGAGUCUGGAUUGGAAGUAAGUGCAAGCUGAGAUUUCUGGAAGCUUUUAAGGUCAUACUAAUUUGUGAAUUUGACUUUAUUCAGGUAGCCCAGAAUCUCAUCAUUUCCCCUGGUAUUUUGCAUGAAACACAGAGGUUGAAUCAGCUCAGGCUUCUGUCUGGCUCUGGAUGAAAAGCAACCUGUAUCCAUGUCCCACAAGAUACUGUGAAAACAAUGUCUCCAUUCCUUUGGCAGGACAUGGUGUAUUUUUCCUGAAGAGCAACGUCAGCUGGCUCUGCAGAGUACACAGUCAAGGCUGUCACCCUCUCUGGAGGCAGCAUGGACCUGGGCUUGAUGUGCCAGCCCAUCCAGAGCAGACCUCAGAGAGACCUCAGAGAGACCUCAGACCUCACUCAGCUCCUUGGAGCUUGG